AUGAUAGGUUUUAAUCCAGUGAAAAGUGUCUUCUCUUGGCAAAAGAAUCGUAGGAAGUCCAUAGCAUUCUGUGCUUCUAAAUUAUUUUUCAGGUGUAGUAGACGGAGAAGUGAGAAUACCAUCGCAUUUUUUCAUCCAUAUUGCAAUGCAUGUGGUGGUGGUGAGCGUGUGCUGUGGUGCGCAAUCAGCUCUAUGCAGAAUGAAUUCAAGUCAAAAAAUUUUCGAUACGUUAUUUAUACGGGUGAUAGGGAUGCUAAACCAGUAGAUUUUUUACAAAAAGCAAAUGAUCGUUUUAAUGUUUUUGUCGAUGAACGAAAUUUGGAAUUCAUCUUCCUGAAAUCACGGGCAUUUCUUGAAGCAAAGUAUUAUCCAGUUUUUACUCUUGCCUGUCAAGCACUUGGAGGAUUAUUUGUUGGAAUUGAGGCUAUGAUUAAAAUUGUCCCAGAGGUUUUUAUUGACACAAUGGGUUGUCCACUCACAUUGCCUUUAUUUCGGUGGAUAGCAGGUUCAAAAGUGGCUUGUUAUGUGCAUUAUCCUACUAUAUCUAGCGAUAUGAUUAGCUUGGUGGAAUCGAGGAAACCAAGUUAUAAUAAUGCUCAGUGGAUUACAAGAAAUCCAUUUUUUUGCUUUGCCAAGCUUUAUUAUUAUAAACUAUUUGCUAUUUUAUAUAAAUUCUGUGGAUUAUCAAGUCAUAUAGUUAUGGUCAAUGGAAGUUGGACGAUGAAACAUAUAAAUUAUUUGUGGAAUGUACCGGAAAGAACUUUUUUGCUUUAUCCGCCCUGUGAUGUCAAUUUUUUAUUGAAGUUGAAAUCGAACAGCGAAUUUUUAUUGGUCAACGAAGGAAAAGUGCAAAUUUUGUCGAUCGGGCAAAUUCGUCCUGAAAAGAAUCAUGGCUUGCAACUUGAUUUUCUUGCCAUUCUAAAGAAAAAGCUACUUGAAAAUAAUAUUUCAGCGAAGGUUCAUUUAGUUAUUUGUGGUGGAUGUCGAAAUGAUGAUGAUAUUACUCGUUGUACUCAACUGAAAAAUUAUGCUUCAAAUCUUGGUCUAACUGAUUCCGACCUAAAGUGGGCAUUAAAUGUGUCGUUCAAUGAACUUAUUUCUUUGAUGAAGAAUUCAUUGAUUGGUCUCCACACGAUGUACAAUGAACACUUUGGUAUAUCAGUGGUUGAAAGCGUCGCAUCUGGCCUUAUCACAAUAGCUCACGAUUCAGGUGGUCCGAAAUUAGAUAUAUUAUCCCCAAUUGAAAGCGGACAAUCUCUGGGCUUUUUGGCAUCAACUGUCGAGGAAUAUGUUGACUGUGCUCUUAGAAUCAUAAAAAUGACCGUUGGUGAAAGGGAAUUAAUUCGAAAAAGAGCAAAAUUAUCCGUUGAUAGAUUUAGUGAUCAAAAUUUUUCAUUGAACUGGAACCGAGUUAUUUCGAUAUUCUUCACAAAUUGA